GCGGGAAAUACAGAUAAAUUGUAAAUGCGGCUGCGCGGCGGUGCCGCGGUUGGACCCACUGGUGUCCGAGCGGCUUCUCCGGGAUUUGGGCCUCGGCAUUCGGGAGCACGGACGUUUUGCUCGGAGUAAAGUUCACUGGACCUGGAAGAAAUGGAUUUACCCGCUGUUCAAAUUGAAGAAGUACAAAAUGUCCUUCAUGCUAUGCAGAAACUCCUAGAGUGUCCAAUCUGUUUGGAAUUGAUCAAAGAACCCAUUUCCACAAAGUGCGAUCACAUAUUUUGCAAAUUUUGUAUGCUGAAACUUCUUAACCAGAAGAAAGGGCCUUCACAAUGUCCUUUGUGUAAGAGUGAAAUAACCAAAAGAAGCCUGCAAGGAAGUACAAGGUUUAGUCAACUUGUUGAAGAGCUGCUGAAAAUCACUGAUGCUUUUGAGCUCGAUACAGGAAUACAGUUUGCAAGCAGUUACAGCUUUUCAAAAACGAAAAGUUCUUCUGAACCUGUGAAUGACGACACUUCUAUCAUCCAGAGUGUGGGCUACCGAAACCGAGUCAAAAGACUUCGGCAGAUUGAAUCUGGAAAUGACACCUCGAAAGACAGUCUCAGUGUCCAGCUUUCUAACCUUGGAAUUGUGAGAUCGACGAAGAAAAAUCAGCAGGCACGGCCUCGAAAGAAAUCUGUGUACAUUGAAUUAGGGUCUGACUCUUCUGAAGAGAUAGUUAAUAAAUCAGAUGGCUGCAGUGUGCAAGACCAGGAAUUGUUACAGAUCACUCCUCGGGGAGUUGAAGAUGAAGCCAGCCUGGAGUCUGCAAGAAAGGCUUCUUGUGAGGAUGUAACAAAUACUGAACAGCAUCAGUGCAGUGAUAAAGAUUUGAACCCCAUUGAGAAUCAUGCAACUGAAAGGCAUCCAGAAAAAUGUCAGCGUAUUUCUGUUUCAAACUUACAUGUGGAGCCAUGUGGCACAGAUAUUCAUGCCAGCUCAUUACAGCAUGAGAACAGCAGUUUACUCCUCACUGAAGACAGAAUGAAUGUAGAAAAGGCUGAAUUCUAUAAUAAAAGCAAACAGUCUGGCUUCACAAGGAGCCAACGGAACAGAUGGGCUGAAAGUAAAGAAACAUGUAAUGAUAGGCAGAUUCCCAGCGCUGAGAAAAAGGUAGAGCAGAAUGCUGAUUCCCUCUGUGAGAGGAAAAACUGGAAUAAUCAGAAAAGCCUGUGCCCUGAGGAUUCUAGAGCUACCCAAGAUAUUCCUUGGAUAGCGCUGAAUAGCAGCAUUCAGAAGGUGAACGAGUGGUUUUCCAAAACUGGUGAAAUGCUAACUUCUGACGGCACAUCUGACAGGAGGCACGGUUUAGACGCUGAGGUGGCUGUUGUGUUAGAAGCUUCACAUGACGAAGAUGGACACUCCAGUUCUUCAAAGGAAAUGGACUCAGUGGCCUCUGAUCGCCGCAGAGCUUUCAAGUGUAAAAGUGAAAGAGACUUCUCCAGACCAGUAGAGAAUAAUAUCCAAGACAAAAUAUUCAGGAAAACCUAUCAGAGAAAGGGAAGCCACCCUCACUUGAACCAUGUACCUGAAAUUAUAGGCACGUUUACAGAACCGCAGAUAACACAAGAGCACCCCUUCACAAAUAAAUUAAAGCGUAAAAGGAGGACUACAUGCCUUAAUCCUGAGGAUUUUAUCAAGAAAGUAGAUUUAACAGUUACUCAAAAGACUCCUAAAAAUAUAAGUCAGGGAGCCAACCAAACGGAGCCAGAUGGCCAAAUGAUGGGCAUUACCAGUAAUGGUCAAGAGAACGAAGCAAGAGGUAAUAAUCUUCAUACAGAGAAAAAUGCUGAUCCAAUAAAAUCACUGGGAAAAGAGUCUGUUUUCACAACUAAAGCCAAACCUAUAAGCCACAGUAUAAGCGAUUUGGAGCUAGAAUUAAAUGCCCACAGUUCGAAAGCACCUAAGAACAGGCUGAGAAGGAAGUCUUCCACCAGAUGUGUUCUCGCACUUGAGCCAGUCGGUGGGAAUCCAAGUCCACCUGCUUGUGCUGAGUUUCAAAUUGAUAGUUUUAGCAGCAGUGAAGAAACAAAGAAAAACAAUUCCACCCCUAGGCACAUUAGAAAGGCUCAGCUCAUGGAGGACACAGAACCUGCAGCAGAUGCCGAGAAGAAUAAUGAUCCAAAUGAACAAAUAAAGAAGAGAAGGGCCAGUGAUGCUCACCCGGAACAGCAGUUAACAAACAUAGCUCACGGACCCGUCGGUCCUAGCCCUCAGGGAAAAGGAGUAGGGAAACCUCAGACAAGCCAAGUGUCUGACGGUACCAAAGACCUGAAGGAACUGGUGCUGGGUGGAGGGCAAGGUUUGCCCACUGAGAGAUCUGCCGAGAGUAGCAGUGUUUCACUAGUCCCUGGCACUGACUGUGACACUCAGAGCAGUGUGUCGUUAUUAGAAGCCAACACUGCUGGAUAUGCAAAGACAGGAUCCAGUCUGCGUGUGCCUCAGUUUGUAGCAAGUGAAAACCUCAAGGAACCGGUCCAUGGUUCCAAAGAUGCCGGAAGUGGCACAGUGUGCUUCAAGUAUCCACCGAGACACAAAAGUAGCCACACUGAGGGGACAGCAGAAACGGAGGAGAGUGAACUCGAUACUCAGUGUUUACAAAAUACAUUUCGGGCUUCAAAGCGCCAGUCAUUCGCGUUAUUUUCAAACCCAAGAGAUCCCCAAAAGGAGUAUGUAACAGCUCGUGCUUCCUCUGUGUCCUUAAGGGAAGUGAGUCCAAAAGUGACUUCUGAAAGUGAACAAAACAAAGAAAAGCAGGGACACAAAGAGUCUGAAACCGGCCGUGUACAGGCAGGGACUGCCACAGUGGGUUUACCUCUGCUUCAUCAGGAAGGUAGGCCAGGCACUGAUCCAGCCUGUGCUGGAGUGUCCAGGCUUUGUCCCUCAUCUCAGUACAGAAGCCAUGAAAAUGAUCUCAGCAUUUCAGGUAACCCUGGAAUUCCACAAAGCUCCCAUCUUAAGCAGUCAGUCUCUCCCAUCACCUCCUCCUUAAAAACUGACCAUCCGAAAACCCUGUCAGAGAAACAUUUUGAGAAAGAUCCAUUGUUGACUGAAAAGGCAAUGGGAAAUGAGACUGUUGUUCAAAGUACAGUGCACACAAUUAGCCAGAACAGAAAAGAUGCUUGUCAAGACGCCGACUCGGGCAGUAUUAAUGAAGUAUCUUCCAGCGGUGAAAACUUCCAAGGACAACGAGGUAGAAACAGAGGGACUGAGUCAAAUACUGUGCUCCCAUUAGGUCUUAUGCAUCCUGGAGUCUGUAAACCAAGUUUUCCUGUAGGUGAUUAUAAAUAUCUUGAAAUAAAAAAACAGGAAGGUGAGGCUGUUGGUGCAGACUUCUCUCCAUGUCUGUUCUCAGAUAAGCCUGAACAACCCAUGGGGAGUGGUCAUAUUUUUCAAGUUUGUUCGGAGACACCUGAUGACCUGCUGGAUGAUGUUGAAAUACAGGGAAAUACUAGCUUUGGUGACGGUGACGUAAUGGAGAAGUCCGCUGUUUUUAACGGGAGUGUCCAGAGAAGAGAGUUCAGUAGGAGCCCCAGCCCUUUAACCCAUGCCUUGCUGGCUCGGAGUCUCCGCAGGGGGCCUAGGAGGUUAGAGUCCUCAGAAGAGAGCGAGUGUUCCGAGGAGGAAGAUCUCCCCUGCUUCCAACACUUACUUGGCAGAGUAAGCAAUACACCUGAGCUUACCAGAACCAGACCUAGCAGUGUUGUGACACAGCAUCUGUCAGAGAAAGCAGCAGGGACCCAGGCAACACUGAAGCGUGGCGUCGGCGACUACAGUAACAAUAAUGAGGUGAUCCUGGUAGAGGCGUCUCAGGAGCAUCACCUUAGUGAGGAUGCCAAGUGGUCUGGCAGCUUGUUCUCUUCCCAGCACACUGUGGUCCAGGACUCAGCUGCGAAUGCAGCUUCCCAGGAUCCCUUGUCUAAUCCUCCUUCCAAACAAAUGCGUCGCCAGUCCGAGGACGAGGAGGAUUUCCGAAGUGACAAGGAACUGAUUUCAGGUGACGAGGACAUGGGAACGUGCCUAGACGAUGAUGACCAAGAAGAGGAUAUUAUAAUCCCAGAUUCAGUAGGUGAAGCGGCAUCUGGAUACGAGAGUGAAACGAACCUCUCUGAAGACUGCUCGCAGAGUGAUAUUUUAACUACACAGCAGAGGGCUACCAUGACAGAUAACCUGAUAAAGCUGCAACGGGAAAUGGCCCACCUGGAAGCUGUGCUAAAGCGGCAAGGAAACCAACCUUCUGACAACUCCCUGUCCCUCAUAGCUGACCCUCUUGCUCCCGAAGACCCACCAAAUCCAGAACAAAACAUGCCAGGAACAGCAAUUUUAACUUCAAAGAACAUUAAUGAGAAUCCUGGAAGCCGGAAUCCAAUGUAUGUUUCUGCUGACAAGUUCCAGCCACAACCUUCAGAUAGUUCUACCAGUGACAAUAAAGAGUCAAGAGUGGGGAGGCCUUCCCCUUUUAAAUCUCCAUUGGCAAGCCGUAGGUGCUCUGCACACAGCCACUCUGGGAGUCUUCAAAACAGGGACUGCCUGUCUCAAGAGGAGCUCCUUCAGGUUGUUAAAACGGAGAAGUCACGUGAACCACAGAACUUAACAAGGCAAGAUCUAGAAGGAACUCCAUAUCUGGAAUCUGGAAUCAGCCUUUUCUCUAGUAGAGACCCUGAAUCUGAGUCCCCUAAAGAGCCAGCUCAUGUGUGCACCACAUCUGCUUCAAAUUCUGCACAGAAAAUAUCCGAAUGUCAAGUUUCCGAGUCUUUCACGAGUCUGGCUGCUGCUCCUGCUCACGCUGCAGUGGUGGAAACUGUGAGCGAGAUAAAGCCAGAAUUGACGUCUUCAAAAGGAAGAGCCAAUAAAGGAAUAUCCAUGGUGGUUUCAGGCUUGACCCUCAGAGAAGUAAUGAUUGUGGAAAAGUUUGCUAAAAAAUACCGCCUCACUUUAACUGAUGUAAUUACCGAGGAGACUACGCAUGUUAUUAUAAAAACAGACGCUGAGCUUGUGUGUGAGCGGACACUCAAGUACUUUCUCGGAAUCGCAGGAGGAAAAUGGAUAGUUAGUUAUGCAUGGGUCAUCCGGUCUAUUCAAGAAAGAAAACUGCUGAGUGUGCAUGAAUUUGAAGUCAAAGGAGAUGUUGUUACUGGAAGAAACCACCAAGGUCCAAAGCGAUCCAGAGAAUCCAAGGAAAAGCUCUUCAAAGGCCUAAAAAUCUGUUGUUGUGAGCCCUUCACCAACAUGCCCAAAGAUGAGCUGGAAAAGAUGCUGCAGUUGUGUGGGGCUUCUGUGGUGAAGGAGCUUUCGUCACUCACCCGUGACACAAUGCAGGAUGCUCAUCCAAUUGUGAUCGUACAACCAAGUGCCUGGACAGAAGAGAAUGGCUGCCCUGAGAUUGCACAGCUGUGUGAGGCACACCUGGUGAUGUGGGACUGGGUGUUGGACAGUAUAUCCGUCUACCAAUGUCGGGAUUUGGACGCCUACCUGGUACAGAAUAUCACCCAUGACUAUAGCGAGCCACAAGACCCCAAUGAUUAGUUUAGGAAGUGACCUUUCCAUGCCCAGGGACCAUCUCUCGCUCCUGGGUGCUUGCACGUCCUCCUCACUAAGUAUUUUAUAGACAUCAAAGUUUCUACCUAUGUGAGGGUCCCUUAAAAGUUCAGUCUAUUUUAACCCCACCAAUUGAUCAAGAUGCCAGUUCGUUAUAGAUUGUUCUUGGAGAGACAGAGUAGAAUGUGUGGCUGGUCUGCACUGGGCAUGGUGUCCACGCCUAUAAUCACAGCACUUGGUGGGAAGAGACACGGGUAUCAUGCAUCCAAGGCCAGCCUGGGCUAUAUAAGACCCUGACUAAGAGUGAAUAACUGGUGAUCCUAAUUUGUUUCUAAUAACAUCUCGUGUUCAUAAAAGCCAAGAGUCAAUUCCUUCAAGGAGAUUGCUUGAGAUCUGUGAUUUGACUUAAAAUCAGUACUCAAGACUCCAGGUUCCACACCCAGCACCAAACAACACCCAUAUUACCCCCAUCCGUCCCUGUACCCCCCAACACAACUUCUCACCCCCACCAAGAAAACCAGAACAGGUCUUGGGUGUCAGUGGACCUCAAGAAGUUCAGAGGCAGAUAUAAUGUAUUCAAUAUGAACAUAAAGUUUUUCAAGUACCAGUGUCCAGGAGAGCCUUCUAAUUCCCGUAACUGAUGAACGCAGUGUUUGCUGUAGCCCUGCUAAGUAACCCAUUCCUCUUAAAAUACAAGAUCUCUGAUAUGAAUAUUUCAGACUGAAAAUGAUGGAUCCCACCAGGAAAGGAGCUGUUGCUUUCUUAAGAAGUAAUUUUUUCCCUUUUGCUCCCUAUUGCUGAACCAUACUGCUUCAUAAAUAAUUUUGUUUGCUGAAGGAAAAGAAUGUAUUUUUCAUAAACUCAUUAUCUUUGGCUGUUUAUAGCUGUUGGAGGAACUAGGUCUUCC